ACAUUAUGGGACUUGCUUAUAAUUCUCAAAAUAAUGACUUCAAGAUUCUUAGAAUUGUGACUGUUCUUGAUGGACAAGAGGCCGAAGCCGAGAUUUACAGCUUGAAUACAGAUUCGUGGAGAAAGGUUGUGAUAUCGAUGGAGUCCUUAAGAGGGUAUGAACCCAACUUUGGAACUAUUGGUGAGAUUUAUGCAGCCUGUAUAUUUUUGAAUGGAGCUUUGCACGCUGUAGCAGCCACUGAUGACUACUGUUUCAUUUUGUCCUUUAACGUCAAUGAUGAGAGCUUCCGUGAGAUAAUGUUGCCUCCUAAUUCCUUGGAUGGUGUGCGUGGAUAUUUCGGUGAACUUGCAUUGUUCAAGGGAUCCCUGGCUGUUUUCAUUAUAAGUAAUGAGCAUCAGGGUAUCUUAUGCCACAUAUGGUUUAUGAAGGAGUAUGGUGUGGCCGAAUCUUGGACUAAAAAAUAUAGGGUACAAACGGAUUGGCUUUGUAAUGGUGAUUUCUUUGGCUGCACUAACAAUGGUGAACUUCUCAUUAAGAAUGACACUGGGCUGGUUUCAAUUGACCCUGAGUGUCAAAAUCAGAACAUUCUUGCAAUUGAAGAUGCUAAUUGGGUUGCUUUCUCAGCUAAUUCAAUGGAGAGCUUGGUUUUAAUUGAUGGGGGUAAGUAAAUAUGAAAAUUAACUUUAACUAUUAUAUCACUCUCAGUUUUGCCACCAUCAUUGUGAAAAUUAACUUUAGCUAGAAUAGCUAAAUUUGUAUAUAACCUUAGCUAGUACUUUUGAUGCUGAAACUACGGUUGUAAUUGUUUCUAUCCUUGAGUUUAAGAAAUCUCUCAAUAUGAAUGGGUGAAGUUAGCUAAAUUGCAUUUGAGGAAUGAUAGUUGGAAAUGUUAAAUUGAGGUCAAUCUUACUGAUUCGGUUUUUCUCUUUUCAGUGUGCAUUUCUUAUAAGCAAAUUUACAGCUUGAGCAGAGAAUGCCAGGCUUAGGGUUGCCUUUAGCUAAUCCUUGGCCCUGUUCUAAUAAUUCUAACUUAGGUCAAUUUUGGAGUUUAAAUUUUCACCUGCCCUUUUUUUUUCUUUGUUUCUUUCUUUUCUUAGGCUUUCUCAGAAGCCAAAUAUUGACUGUCAUUAGUUAGGAUUUUG